UAAAAGCUGCCAAGACUGCCCUAGGAACUGCGCUGCCUGCCUCGAUCUGGCUACCUCUCCUUAGGUGGCCCUGCGGAGCAGCUCCUUCCGGCAGCCCCGAGUCGUUUAGCGGCUUCGGAGGCGCUGGUCCUUUUUUUCUGCUGGAGAACCACUCUGAACAGCCGCUGGCCAACAGCAGAGUGCAGUAGCCCAUCAUAACGGAAUCUGAACUUGAAUUCGGUGCAGUUUUGAAGCCCUGAGCAUCCGGAUCUGCGACCCCCUGUGGACCCAGACCUACCAACUCUCGAGGCAAGGUUUCUCUCAAGAGGACACAGGUUGCAGAGGCUGUCAAUAAAGCCCUCUACUGACAUCGGAGGCCCCUUGCACGACUGCAGAUUAGGAGUUGUUUUUGUUUUUUUUUCCCCUAAAAAGCCCUCGGCGUCGUGUAUUAAGACUCCCCGUCUUCAUUAGGCAUGGCUAGUAUUCUUGCACAUAUGGCUAAUAACGGGGGGCAGAAUGCAGCAUUGCCACCUUGGGCCCAUUCCAUGCUGAGGACCCUGGGAAGGAGUCUUGGUCCUUUAAUGGCCAGCCUAGCAGAGAGAAACAUGAGAUUGUUCUCUGGGAGGGCGGUGCCAGCCCAGGGGGAAGAAACCUUUGAAAACUGGCUGAUCCAAGUCAAUGGGGUCCUGCCAGAUUGGAAUAUGUCUGAGGAGGAGAAACUCCAGCGCUUGAUGAAAACCCUUAGGGGCCCUGCCCGGGAGGUUAUGCGUUUGCUCCAAGCUGCCAAUCCUAGCCUAAAUGUGUCAGAUUUUUUGCGGGCCAUGAAACUGGUGUUUGGGGAGUCUGAGAGCAGUGUGAUGGCCCAUAGUAAAUUUUUGAACACGCUGCAGGCGGAGGGGGAGAAAGCUUCUCUUUAUGUGAUCCGUUUGGAGGUGCAGCUCCAGAAUGCUAUUCAGGCAGGUGUCCUGGCUGAGCAAGAAGCCAACAGGACUCGCCUGCACCAGCUCCUUGUAGGGGCUGAGCUGAGUAGUGACCUGCGUUUCAGGCUUAAAGGUCUUCUUAGGAUGUAUGCAAAUGAGCAGGAGAACCUUCCAGACUUCCUGGAGUUAAUCAGGAUGAUAAGAGAGGAAGAAGAUUGGGAUGACACUUUUAUUAAGCAAAAACGGCCCAGAAGAUCUGAGCCAAUUAUGGAGAGGGCAGCUAGCCCUGUGGCAUUUCAGGGCUUCCCACCAAUAGUGAUUGGUAGUGCUGACAGCAACGUGAUAGAAAUAGAUGAUUCCCCCGAUGACUCAGAUGAGGAUGUGAUCCUGGUGGAGCCUGGAGAUCCUCCAAUGCCAUCCUUCAGUGUCCCACCCCUCCAAAGCAGGGCCACAUCUCAUGACCAAGUGCUGGUCAUUGAUGCCCCCCAUAAUUCUGGGGCUCAGUCUGCUUUCACCAGCAGUGGUUCUGGGCCCAAGACCAGUAGUCUUGGUGCUCUGCGUAGAGGCAGGAAGCGGAGACACGCAGUCUACUGUUACCAUUGUGGGGAGGAGGGCCACUCAAAAGAAACCUGUGACAAUGACAUUAACAAAGCUCAGGUGUUUGAGAAUCUGAUCAUCACCUUGCAGGAGCUAACACAUACAGAGGAGGAAAGGUCUCGACAGGCCACUGGAGAACCUAGUGACCCCUCUGAGCUACAGUAAGAAGUGUGCCUCCAGCCUUAAACAAACCCUUACAUGUAUUCAGAGUUCAAUGAUGAAAAGCUUGAGAUGAACUUCUGGUUGAAUGAAUGAAUCCACUGAGUUGAAGAAUCUUGUAUACCAUUGUACCAGAGAAAGAAGGCCUGAUCUCUGGCCUUGCUCCCUCUCUCUAUUGCCUAAGUGUCUAUUUUCUGUGUGCACCUAUUUCCUUGAUGGCUUUAUUCUCUUUGUAAUGUGGCAUAGUUCGUUGUUACAUCUUCAAAUAAUGAAGAAACUUACACAAAGUACAAAUUACCCAGAACUCUCUACCCAUACAACUGUUGUCAGCCCUUUGAUGUCUAGCCUUCCAAAUAUUUCCCUAUACCUAUGUACCCAGAUAAAUAUAUGUAUAGAUAAAAGUGCUCAAAUGUAAGUUGUUCUAUAUGCUGUAUUUUUUCACCAAAAAUAUAAGUUUUUGGCUUUUUAAAAAUACCAGUAAAUAUAUGUGUGUAUCAGCA